UGUGGAUUACGACCGAGCUGAAAACUGAGUAGAUCUCCAAAGACUGAGACACUAUACGGAAUGUUUAUAGAUCGGCGACUUGAAAUUAUGGAUUCGGAAGUGCGGUGGUUAUGAUACAACGAUUCAGAGAGGGCUAGGAAAUACACGCAUACCAAACUUGGAGGUUCGCUGAGGGAAAUCCCGGCUGUUGGAAGUAAAAGAUGGCCGCCGGGCAGCUGAGUAGUUCGCGAUGUUGUCUAGGGGGUUGUGUGUUGUGGUUGCUUCUCACCUACGGACACUGCUUCAACAUGGCAUGUAUAGAAGUGAAACGGGCCUACAAAGAAAAAGGUUUCAGCGAAAACGACGUUCCAAUCAAGGCUAUUCCAGGCGACCACCUGGAUGUGUGUCCCCAGGGCUACACGUGCUGUACGAGCGACAUGGAGGGCAAGCUGAAACACCUCAGUAUGAAGGAACAUGAGCAGCAGCUGAACCAGGCCUACAAACUCAUUAAAACUACCUUCUCAUCAAGGACGAAAAAAUUUGAUGAAUUUUUUACAGAACUGCUCGACAAAGCUCGGCAGGACUUGCACGAGAUGUUUGUGAAGACGUACGGACUUCUUUACCAGCAGAAUGCUCAAAUAUUCUCCGAUUUAUUCGACGAUUUACGAGGAUAUUACAAAGGCAAGGAUAAAAAUCUAAUGGACGUGAUGGAUAAUUUCUUCAGUAGACUGUUACAGAAGAUGUUCGAGCUGCUGAACCGGCAGUACGAUUUCGACGAUGAGUACAUGAGCUGUGUUACGGAACGUAUGGCCGAUCUGAAGCCAUUCGGAGACGUCCCCAAUAAGUUGUCCAUUCAAAUUAAAAGAGCAUUUAUUGCUGCAAGAACGUUUGUUCAGGGUCUUGCUAUUGGACGAGAUGUCAUUAUGAGUGUUAUGGAGAUUCCCAGUUCAGAGCAGUGUACUAGAGCUCUGAUGCGGAUGAUGUACUGUCCCCACUGCCGCGGGCUCACGCAGACGAAGCCGUGCAACAACUACUGUCUGAACACCAUGAAGGGCUGUCUGGCAUACCACGCAGAGCUCAACGUAGCAUGGAAUGAAUAUAUUGAUGCUUUAAAAAUGCUGGCCAAUCGUUUGGAGGGACCGUUCAAUAUAGAGAGCGUGGUUGACCCGAUAGAUGUGAAGAUAUCGGACGCCAUAAUGAAUCUGCAGGAAAAUAGUGCACAAGUGUCGUCAAAAAUAUUUGCUGGAUGCGGGACCCCGAGACUCGGCCGCAAGAAGCGAGAAGCUGAAAACUUUGAGUACACGUUCAACUUCCAACCGAAGCAGCAGUCGGUGCGUCCGACGACGGCAGCGGGAACGAGCCUCGACCGACUGGUGCGCGACAUCAAGGAGAAGGUGAAGAUGGCCAAGGACUUCUGGGUGCAGCUGCCGUACACGGUGUGUAACGACGAGGACCUUGCCGCGUCGCCCAUGACGGAGGAUGACUGCUGGAACGGACAGGACAGAGCUAGAUAUAUCCCCGAUGUACAGAAAGAUGGCGUUGUGAAUCAGAUCAACAACCCGGAGGUUGAGAUUGACGUGACGAAGGCGAAUAACGUCGUCUCACGCCAGAUCAUACAACUCAAGCUGAUCACAAGUCGACUGCAUAGUGCGUACAAUGGACUCGACGUAGACUGGAUUGAUACAGACAUCGAUGGACUCAGUGGCAGUGGUAGUGGUAUGGAGGGCAGUGGAUCUGGGGGAGGUGUUAUUUCUGAGGAGGAGGAGAAAGGCAUCGUUAAUAUUGACAACCCGCCGUACACCACUGACGGGAAAGGAAAGGGUAACCGUGGCAGGGGAGGAAAAACAAAAGGUGGUCGGAGAAAACACGGCCCACAUGACGAGGAAAUCGACCCGGAUACAGCCGUCAAGCCGAGUUCGAGCGUUCAGCAGAGCGCAUCCGUGGGACUUCUUGUAACGCUUGUUGUGAUUGGACAGACUGUUGUGUUGUGGCGGCAAGGGUUGCUGUGUUGAGGGGGACGUGGUCAUGGAAACAACACAAUGCAAGCAAUACAUCAACAAUGUGCCUAUUUAUAUCUCUGGUGCUGUGCUGGCAGCAGUUUGUACAAAAAAUAACUGGAAAAAAUAACAAGAAACCAACAUAACAAAAAUCCACUGUUUCGUCUGCUGGCAACUUAGACCCUCUGAACUGUAAAGUCAGUGAUUUGGUUGCUAUAGCAAGUUAAAACCUUUGAACUGUAAAGUCAACAAUUUGAUUGCUGGCAAGUUAGAACCCUUUGAACUGUGAAGUCCAUGAUUUUAUUUCUGGCAGGUUAGACUGUUUAAACUGUUAAGUCCAUGAACUGUCAAGUCCAUGAUUUUAUUGCUGGCAAGUUUUUAGACUGUUUGAACUGUAAAGUCCAUGAUUUGACUGCUUACAUUUUAGAAUCCUUUGAACUGUAAAAUCCAUGAUUUUAUUUGAACUGUCAAAUCCAUGAUUUGAUUGCUGGCAAGUUAGACCUUUUAAACUGUAAAGUCCAUGAUUUAACUGCUAGUAAAUUAGAACCUCUCGUGAAGUUUACAGUUUAAAGUCUGCAAUUUGUCUGCUGGCAAGUUAAUAGUUUUCUGUUGUAAAGUCUACAAUUUGAUGUCCCAAGAGUUGUCUGCUGGCAAACUCGACACUUUCUGUUGUAAAGUCUACAAUCGAAAAAUCGAUGAUUUAAGUCCAUAAUUUGCCUGCUGCCAAAUUGGACCAUCUCAGUUGAAAAGUCUGUUUUUUGUCAGCCAUUUAUAGUAAUGAACUUCUGAAAUGAAACUUUCUAACUUUAUCCUGUGACAGAAUUGACUUCAAGUUCUCAGGAGCACAUAAUUUCAUGAUGGGGUAAACAGUUGUCCAGGAAUAAAAUUGUGCAGAUAUUCAUUCGAUCCUGGUGUGUAAUUUGAGUGACGAGGUGAGAGGAUGGAAAUAUGACUGUGUUCAUUCAUUGUGGCUCCUAACUCAGCACAAUUAGAUGAGGAGUCGAGUGCUAUUUUAAUAUGUGAUGUAAUGGGAACAUGGCAGAACAGGAGCAAAAAUACAUUUUAGUCUCUGCUUGGUUUUGGUGAAAACAUAUUUCGUAGGAGGAAAUUUGUGCCGAGAAUACUGUUUGAAACAGACAGUUGUGACAAACAACUCGAGUAUGCAGUAUAAAUGACCUCAUUUAUACCUCAACUUUACACACGCUGGUUGUUCUUCAUACGGUCAAACUAUGAUGAUAAGUUAUGAAUGGAGUUGAUUGAUGUGCAUUUUAUAGGAUAAAUAAACCAGAAUGUGAAAAGAAAAAAAAUAUUAACUUUAGAGGUUUAAUAAUAUACAUACAUGUAUGUGCAUUUAUGAAUUAACCUCAUUUAAUCUGUGGAUACUGAGAGAUUCACAAAUUAAUAGUUUGUGAGCAAAAAAACUGAACUUUUGUGUUGCGGUAUUUGUGUAUAUUGGUGUGGCCCUUUCUCAUACGAGUACAGAUGUUUCGACAAUCACCUUUAGCCACCUGGCAACUGAAAAUAGAAGACCAGUAAUCCAGUUUAGUUUUUCAAUUUUUUAUUAAUUAUCAUUACUUUAACACUUAUUGUACUAACACUACCUACAACAUAACACAUAACGUAAAGCUAAUUAUUCAGAUUCUAAAUCGGCUGAUUUUUAAUUCCACAAUUUGAUAAUUUUGACCUAUUAACUUUCAUUCCGUUUUAUUCUUUAUCUUCUCUGGCAGUUUUUCAUUUCAAGACCAAGGUUAAACAUUCAGGGGUUUUUUUCUGUUUUUUUAAUAACAGGCCAAAGAAAAUAUAUGUGUUGUUGAAAAUAAGACAGAAGUGGGUAAGGUGAGGGUUUGGAAUAGUGUGAAAAUUUUGAACAUUUUGUUAAAGAAUAUAAAUGUAACAAUCAUAAGCAGGUGAGAUAAUUGUACAUACGUAUUACAUGUGUGUAUUAAAAAAUUACCUGCUUCUGGGGGGGCUAUUUUAGCAGGUGAAUUUCCAUUUCACCUGUUUGGUCUUUAAAAAAUAACCCCCUUUCGCCGGUUUUAUUUUCGAGCCCUGACAUUUUUCAUAGAAGAUUUAAGAUGCUAUUUACUAAAUAUGGGUGAAAGUUGAAUAUGGGGAAUAUAUAAUAUAUAGAAAUAAAUAGAUUAUUAUAUAAGUGGGAGUGCCAUAUAAUUUUUAUGGAAAACAUUUUAGAAUUGUUUUUUAAAAAAUUGUUUCCGUGUUGAGUUCUCUAAAUUUGUGAUAAUUUAUUUUGCUUGUGUUUACCACUAACUAAUUAAUUUAUUACACACAUUAAGUAUGACUUUAUUUGCUACGCAGUUAAUGUCAACAACACUGAGUGAACUGUGUUACGAAUUCAUUGAGUGCCAUCAUAAUGUGACACACGCAGUAAAUACAUAUAGUUCCCGAUUAUUACAAGAAUGAAACUACACAAAUACAACUACCACAUAUUACCUUAUUUCCUCUAAUAAGUGCCGACCUCCAAUAAAAAAUAAACGCCGGGCUCUCUAAUAAAUUUUGGGUGUCCAAUAAAAGCCAGGUAGGACAUCUGAAAACUGAUUACUCCCUGGCAUAAUUUAAAAUAAUAAUAAUAACUUAUUAAAAUUGCUGGUCCCUUUUUAUGACUUAUUGUUUGAAAAAAUAAAGACCGGGUCUCCAAUAAUCGCCGGGUCUGUGACCAUUUUGAGAUUAAUAUGCACCCGGGUGUUUAUUAUAGGAAAUACGGUAUACUUAUUUUAUUUUAUUUUGUUGUUUUUGAAUGCAACCUCAUCGAUACAUUAAUGAUUUUAUUUUCAUAAAUUACAAAUUAUAAGAUCGCUAUCUUUAAAACAUAAGUUAUGUUACAAGGGUACCAUAACAAUAUUGUUAUGCAGGGGUCGACAUUGGCUGACAUUGCUGCCAGAUAUUUGGUCCAGCAACUAACAAGUUGCUCUGGCCCAAUCAAAACCUUCUGAACCAAGCAUGGUUGAUUCAAACUAAUAUGUGAAUUUAAACAUAAAAUAAUUGCCGGGACGACUAACAAAAAAUCUCCCGGCUUGUAGUGAUGUUGACCAGAAAAAAACUUGUCGGCAUAGUAGUAUUUCGACCCCUGCUAUGACACUUGCUACAAAGACAGCAUCAGAUAAUGUCAUUUUUAAUAUAAGCCCGGGAACAUUUUUGUUUUCAAACUUUUGAUAAGUGACAGUUAUUAUUUUAUUGCACUUUAUUUGGAUGAAGACUGAAUUAGGUUACAUUAUUUUCAAAGAAAUAUUGUCAGAUCGAUAAUUUUUUUUUAAAAUUUUGUAUCUUAAUCCCUUUUUAUUAACAGUCAAUAUUUUACUUUUAUGUCUACUUAAGUUUGUGUUACAUUGACUUAAGUUAGUUUUAUAUCUUUUAUUAUUUAAUUUUCAGUGAGCUUUCACUGAUAGCCAUAUAACCUGUAGUUGGCCAUGUUUCAGUGGCCAUAUUAUGAAAAAAUGGCAGAUACAGAUGGUGUGAUUUUGUUUGAUCCAUCACAACAAACCACAUGUAUGUGUCUCAUAACAUUAAUAGGCCAAAAUGUUUACACUUCAGUUUAUUAUUUACAUUCAAGUGUUGUUGAUUGGUUUGGGGGUGGGGGUGGGGGUGGGGUCUCUUCUUUUUUUUUCUUCUUUUUAAUUUAAUGAGAAAUUAAUAAACAAAUUAUUAAAUUAUUAAAAAUGUUUAUUCUUAUUCCUGUCUCUGAUUUUGUCCCCAUGCAUGACUUACACUUUACCGGUUCUUUUUAAAGUAAUGACCAAAAUGUUUGACUGGUUCUUUUUAACUUAAUGGCCAAAACUGUCCCUUUUUUUUCAGCUAAUGGUCAAAAGUUGUGGAUUAUAUAAUAAGAUAUUUUUAUUAUUAUUAUUAUUUAAAAUCAAAAGAAGAAUAAAUUUUUACUAACAGGUGGAUUUUAAAAUGUUUAGUAAUCCAUUGUACAUGUACGACAGAAUGUCACUAUUUUAAUCCAUUGCUAUGUAAACUUGUAUAUAUACAUGUAUAUAUAUAUAUUCUAAUGGUUCUGAUGUUAUGAAAAAUAAGUGUAUCCAAAGAAAAUACUUUUUACAAAUUACUGUUGUUAUUAUUAGAUUCGAAUCAAAUACAGAAUACACCUAUGCUUUGUAGAAUCAAACUUUUUAAAAGUCGUUAGACACGAAGUUGUGUUGGAUUUUUCUAGUUGCUCAGUCUUUAAAAACAUUUUGUGGCAGUCAACAAACGGGCUGUUUUUUAUGAGAUUUUCAUAUAUAUAAAUAUAUAUAAAAUAAAGCAUGACUGAUGCAUACAUAUUUUGGAUUACUUUUCAUGUUUGUGGGGGGGGGGUAAUUUUUUUUUUUUUUUUUUUUUCAAUUCCAAGAUGGAUCUUGAUGUUAAAAAACAUGCAUUAUAAUAUGAUGUAUUUCUUGCCUGCUGGUGUGAAAUACAAACAGGAUUUCCGAUUAUUGCAGCAUAGUUUGUACCGUUUCAUUCUCUGUGAUUUAUUUAAAUUUUAUGUUGUGAUCUGCCAUGAUUUUUUUUUUUUUUUUUUUUUUGAUUUUUUUGUGUAACGUAUAUUUUGCAGUAUACCUGUAUUCAGUGUUAACUAGAACUAGUAGAAGUUACAAGGAGCAUUAGACGACUGUGAAUCAUUUACCAAAUCCCAAUCAUCAUUUAUAUUAUUCAUCAUAGCUGCGAGGUAAUUGCAAUUAAUUGACCUCAUCAUUUCAUUGGUUAAAAAUACCUCAGUAGUGAUAUUUCUAUUGGCUGGUUAGUGAGCCAAGUGCAUUGGAGAACUGGAUGUGAUUGCAUCCAGGGUAGGUGAGGGCAGAUUUGGAGGGGUAGGGUGGGGUAGAGAGACGGGUGAGUAUAUGUAAUGUCCUGUGUGUUCAGGAUUUGUGUCUAACAAAGAGGCUAUGUUUUAUACAUGUACAAAUACAAUAUGUGUAGCCUGAUGUUUUGUGGAAGAAAUGUACAUUUAUAUUUAAUAUUUUCUGUAGAUUGUUGGGCUUUGUGUUUUUUUGUUUUUUUUCGUAUUGGUGAUAAUGGCCAAUCACUUGUAAGAAUUUGUUGUAUUUAUCUUUUUUGAGGGUUUUUUUUCUUGUUUGUAACUGCUAUACACACACAAAAAGUGGUAUAGGGUUUUUCCCUAACAAUUAAUUAACUGCCGGCCAAUUACAUAUUUGCGUUAAUCUUUAUUAAAAUUAUAUUUUAAUUUGUGUACAUGUCUAUACAUUUUUACAGGAACUUACAGCUGUAUUAGAUUUCCGAAGCAAGUUUCGACCUAUUUCAAUUCUCAUUUGUCCCAGAAUUAAUCAUAGUUGUGGGGGAUGGGAAAACAUUUUUUUUUCAUAUAUAUAAAUUGUUACAUUUAUGCAUAUGAACGAAAAUAAUGUACUAGAUAAAAUAAUGAUCACACUACUGUCAGCCACCCCACCCUCCCCCACCCCCAACCCCAGUUAUGUUUUAUUAUUGCCCAAUCCCUCAAUAUCUCAUAAUUUAUGAAACUGCUAUAAUGACUGAUUUGCAAAGUGUCAUAAUUUAUUUAUAUACGCAAGAAAAUGAAUAUUCAUUAAAAAUUAAGAAUGCUAACUAUAUGUAUCACAACCAGACCUUAUUAGGCUGUAAUAUACUGAACAACAAAAGAAAAGCGAAUAUUAAUUUUGUUUUUUCUUUAAUUUAUUUAAAAUCAUUCAGUUUGAAUGUCACUUGUUUUUCGGUCUAUUAAAAUUACCAAUGUUUUGUGGAAAAAAACCCACCCAAAUUAGGCUCAUUUUGAAAGUCAAUUUACCAAGUCAUUUUAUAAUGAAAAAUAUUUAAGUAUUAAAACGUAUGUAUUUCAUUUUUUGUUUGGUAUAUAUGAUAUUAAUGAGUUGUUUUGGGUGGGGUGUUUUGGGGGUGUUUUGGGGUGUUUUAACUUUUAUAUUGUAGCAUGAAUCUAAUUUAAUUCUUCCUCUUAAAGACUUUAAAUUUGAAUCUCAAGAAGCUGCUUAAUCUACCUCAGUUUGUCAAAAGGGGCAAGGGUGGGGGGAGGGGGGUCAUAGGUCAAAAUAUACACUAUUCUGCUAUUCUGAAAUCAUUCAUUUUCCAUAUAGACUAGUAAAACAAAUCUUGCAGUAUUCCGUCAAGAAUAGUUUCAAUACUACAGGGGAAAGCGGAAUUUGCAUGCAAUUAAUCCAUCUUAGCAUUUUAACCUGCAAUAUUAUUCAACGGUGUUCUGAAUCUGCUGGACUUUAUAGCUAUAGUGUGUGCACCAUAAUUUAGGAUGCUCCCUCCCCUUGAAAUAUAAUGAGCCCAUCCCACAAGGGAGAUAAUACAUUCUCAGAUGGAAUAGUGCUUUCUCAAAUGCACUAUUCCUUGGAAUAGUGACAAUAAUUAAGUUCUGACCCCUGCGAUGACUUUAAAAAAAAAAAAAAUAGAAUCAUGAAGUUUGAUAUAUUUACUGUCAGGAUGUGUGAUCUGCAAUGUCAGUUAGAGGUGUAAAACUUAAUUAGCUAAAUGAUUACUAAUAGGUUUGAGAUUCAUGCUACAGAUACUAAUAAUAAAUAUCUAAAGGCAUCUUAAAUUUAAAUAAUUAUUUAGGAUUUUGUAGGUACUGUAAUUCAGGGGGGGUAUCAAGUUUAUGUUCUGAGUAAAAAUUAUUUUGUCGCAAGACCUAUGAAAAUGUAUUUGAUGAGUGGCAUAAACCUAAUAGGUAACGGUAGCAAUAAUAUUGUUUGUUUGGGAGUUUUUGGUAGGGGCUUUCAAACACUGAGGUUAUUAGUGUAAAUUUUUUUAGACAAAGGCAUCAGAGGCAGGGUUGCCAGGCAGCACUGAACUCCCCAACUCUGAAAAAAAAUGCAAUUCCCUCACCCACCCCCAUUAAUAAAUAGCUGCUGGUACCCUCUACUCUAAAGUCAUUGAUAUCUUCCAAUGACUAUAUUACAUCUUUGCUUUUUUUUCUUUUUUCAAACCUCCUCAGCAGAAUUUUUGCUAUCAGAAUUGGGGAAUUUACUUGAUUCUGCAUGUAAAUAUAUAUUGAAUACAAAUCAGACAAAAAUUGUUGUCUGUUUCUAGAUCAUUCAGAGUAAUUGGUUUUUAAUUUUAAUUGAGAGUUAUCUACCUUGUGUGUACCAGUUUACAUUACAACUGUCCUGUUUCUGUUGAUACGCUUUCCACAUUGCAUAUAAAUUAAAAUCAUUCUUUUAGGGAUCAUUUCUUUCCUGUCCUGGAUGGAGCCGGUAAAAGUCGAUACCUGCACCCAUGACAGGCGUGUGCUACAACAGCUUGUUCUGAAUGUGCACGUUAAAACCUAUGACCUGACCUGACCUCAUAAAAUUUAAUCUUGUGAACAAGGAAAGUAAUUGCACAAGAAAAGAGUUUAAAAUGUUGGUGGGUGCAGGUGACGUGGUUAAUGUUUUAGAACAUUUAGUUUAUAGAGAUGAUAUUUCUCGAGGUGGGGGGGGGGUCGAUAAUUUUCUAUUUUAGUGCUGAAACUGUUCCAUUCUUUUUGUUCUUUCAUGAAAAGUUCACCAUAAACAUUGUCGUGGAUCCUCAGGGGAGUCGCAAGCUGCCCCUAAUAAACUCAUAUAUUGUUGUUGUUUUUUAAUCUUCUCAUUUUUCUGGAUUUUGUUUUCAAGGUCAUUUUUAUUACCGAGUUUUAUAAUUAUUAUUUUUUUGUCAGAAUAGCAGUACCAUAUUUCCUCCAGUAAGCACUGGGCCUCAAAUAAGCAACAGGCUUCCAAUAAAUGCUGGGUAAGACUGUCGAAAACUGAUUAAUCCCUGGCAUAAUUUAGGAACAUUAUAUGGACAGAUCAUAUUAAUUUGUUCAUUAUUUUGUUAAAGUUUUAAAGUUUUGUUACAGUUCGAAAUUAAAGUUUAAAAAUAAUAAAAAUUGUAAAUUUGUAGUGUUUAGCUUUAAUUUCUAAAAUUUGUUUGAAAAAAAAAAAGGCCGGGUCUUCAAUAAGCACCGGUCUCCAAUAAGCACCAGUCUCCAAUAAGCACCAGUCUCCAAUAAGCACCAGUCUCCAAUAAGCACUGUGUGUGCAACCAUUUUGAAAUGAAUAAGUUCCUGGGUGCUUAUUAGAGGAAAUACGGUAUGCACAAUUCCGUGUUUAUCAUAUGAUCAAAUAUAUGACCAAAGACCUCUACUGCAAAUGGCCCGAGUAUGGUUUACAUGCCAGCUUGCAAUUCUUUGUUACUAGUUUUUAACAGUCGGUAAAUGAUAUAAUGCAAUUUUUGUGCAUUAUUACCCGUUGUACACAAUGGCAGUUUAAACGUUUAUUUUAUUGUAUUUAUAAUACAAAUGACAAAUAACUGUAAAUAUUUGCAAUGUUUCAGCUGUAGAAGAAAAUUGUACUGUAUUAAAAAAACAAAAAACACUGGUGUACAAAUAUAAAUUUCUAGUCCACUAGUAAAUGGGAAGAAAAAGGCAACAAACAGCAAAUUUCUAUUUAUUGUUAAUAUGGGCACAUGUACAUAAUCUGUUUAAGAAUCAUUUGAGUUGUAUCCAGAAGUAAUAGAAAAUGAAAACACAUGAAUGCUAAAUACAAUGGAAUAUAAGCAAUCGAAAAAUGGAGAGAGAGAGAGAGAGAGAGAGAGAGAGAGAGAGAGAGAGAGAGAGAGAGAGAGAGAGAGAAAAGGGAGAGAGAGUACUUGAUGGCAGGGAGAUUAAAUCUAUUUUAAUUGAUGAAAAGGGGAAAUAACCCAUAUUGACAGACAACAGGAUAACUAAUUUUUGAAAAAAAAGGGAUAUAACUUCAUAUUUUAUUGUUAGUAUAAAGAUAUUAUUCAUUUUUGUUUGUCAAAAAAGGUAGAUAACUCUGAAUAUAUGUUUAUUAUUUCUUCUAUGUGUUUUGCAUUCAGAGAGUAAUUUUAUAAAGGAUACAACUCUUUAAUCCAAGUGAGAGUUACUAACAGAAGUUGUGACAAUACUCUUUAUGAAUGAAAAUAAAAACUAUUUGUUUUGUAUACAGUGACUGUAAAUGACUGUACAUGUAUCUGACUUAUUAACACGGAAGUCUGUUAACUUCUACAUAGAUGAUUAGUGUGUAGAUACUGGUGUGUCCAAAAUUAAAACAGGCUUCAACAUAU